AGUUUCAUUUCAGACAAAGCAAAAGAGCAGAAAUUUUAAGGCCAGGAUAUUUUUAUUUUAAUCAAAGACAUUAGCAACAAACUGUAUCAUCAGAGACUAGUAUAUAUAUACUAGAUAUACGCCCCCAUCAAAUCUACUCCCGUAGUGUUCGCACGGUGGAAUCAAGAGAAGAUGCAAGCGCAGGACGUGAAGAACGUCUUCUGCAUGAAGGGUGGGCAAGGGGAGUCCAGUUACCUCAAAAACAGUAAAGCUCAGUUGAGAGACCUGCAAAUGAUGCUGUAUGCCCUGGAGGAGACACUGGACAAGAUCGCGAUCCCUCCCCGCGGGCCGGGGAGGCUUCUGCUGACGGCGGCCGACCUCGGCUGCUCCUGUGGCCGCAGCUCGCUCGUCGUCGCCGAUGCGAUCGUGCAGCACAUGACCAAGCUGUGUCGCGGUCGCGGCAAGCAUGUCGACGCCGUCGCGGCUGCUGAUCCGGAGUUCUGGUUCUACUUCUCCGACCUCCCGAGCAACGACUUCAACACCCUCUUCAGCCUCCUCCCGCCGCACGCCGCUUCCUCCGGCGACGGCAGUGGGCGGCGCUACUUCGCCGCCGCCGUGCCUGGCUCGUUCCAUGACCGUCUGUUCCCGGAGCGAUCUAUCGACGUGUUCACCUCCACCUUCUGUCUGCACUGGCUCUCUCAGGUGCCGGACGAAGUCGCUGAUACGCGGUCACCGGCUUACAACAAGGGGAAGGUGUUCGUGCAGGGCAGCUCGGAGGAGACCGGCACGGCGUACCGGCGGCAGUUCCAGUCCGACAUGGCGCGCUUCCUGCGCUGCCGCGCCGCCGAGCUGAAACCUGGUGGCGCCAUGUUCCUAGUCUUCGUUGGCCGCCCGUCGUCCGCCGGCCCCACCGACCAAGGCCGCAGCCUCAACCUGCUGGGCACCAUGUUCGAGGAGUCGUGGCGUGACCUCGUCGACGAGGGGUUGAUCGACGGCGGGAGGAUGGACAGCUUCAACAUCCCGUCGUACGCUGCGACGCUGGAGGAGUUCAGGGAGUCCGUCGACGCCGACGGCUCGUUCGCUGUCAACCGGCUGGAGCACGUGAUGGGAGGCCGUCUCGCCGUGGACGACGACCCCCACGACGACCGCUGCGCGGUCGGGCGCAGGGUGGCGAACAACCAGCGAUCGAUCUUCGGGCCGCUCGUCGAAGCGCACAUUGGCAGGGCGCUCGCGGACGAGCUGUUCGUCCGGAUGGAGAGGCGCGCAGAAGAGCUCUCCGACGAGCUUGUGGACGAGAUGGGGGUUCGCUUCCACAUCUUGUGCUCGCUUUCACUCGUCUAACGAUAUUUACGUCGUACAAUGUCCUAAUAAUGAACAAAAUAUUCAAAUUGUGGGCACAAUGAUUUAAAUAUAUUAAUUGUAUUUGCUAAAUAAGUAUGUUUAAAAUAUAGUCAUAAAUCGGUAUAUUUUAAUUCAGAAAAACAAGAUAAUAAAUAUGACAUGCAUAGUGGGAAA